AUGGGCUGCGAAUGCAUGGGCGAGGAUGGCACAAAAAUGCUCCAGCAGAGAGUGGCCGAACGAACCCGCGAACACAAAGCAACGCGCGAAGCAGCCCUAGAGAACGAAUUUCGUAAGCUGCCUGCUUCAAUGUCAUCCAAGAACGACAAACUGCUGCAUAAUCUGUCGUCAGAUAAGCUGAUGGUGGAGCAAAUGCAGGAGUUACGACAUGAGACCUCAUUUAACACGGCCGAUGUCAAACCUACUAACAUGACAGCAGCAUUGGAGUCAAUCCUCAAUCAGACGGGAGCGACAGACGAAACUAAGAACCUCAUUCGACACCAAGUGUCAUCCAUCCUCAUGGCCCAUUGGCCGCGCAACGUGCUUUCCAAGGUCGAGCGCGAUGCACUUAAGGAACUCAGGGCCGACAACGACCUCGUUAUCGUGCCUGCGGACAAGGGGCGUUCCACGGUCGUAUUGGACAGGACAGGCUACAUUCAGAAAGCCAAACGCUUGUUGGAGGAUCGUCAGUCCUAUGUCACAUGCGAAUCCAAGCCCAUAAAAACGUUGACACGCGACAUUAACGCUACAGUGCCGGCAAUGGAGAAUUCAGGUGCAAUAUCACCAAUCGACCGACACAUGGCUAGGGCACAAUAG